UUGCGCCCCUCAGUUGUAUGUCGUAUAGUAACCAUUAAUUUUUUCAGGUACGACUAUUUCACUCUUCCGGUCACGCCUCGGACUCAUAAACUAUGUGUUAUAGUGCCUUAUCGAAAUCGAGAACAAGAGCUGUCGGAAUUCGCUCCCCACAUGUUCAAAUUCCUACGUAACCAAGGAAUAGACCAUUAUUUGAUGGUGAUGAAUCAGACUGAUGAGCUCCGAUUCAACAGGGCUUCUCUUAUCAACGUUGGAUGGCUUGAAUGUGACCGGCUAGGCUGUGAUUACAUGGUGAUGCAUGAUGUUGACCUGUUGCCACUAAAUCCAGAGAUUAGUUACGGAUUUCCUGGCGAAGGUGUUGUGAGGCACAUUUCUGCACCACAAUAUCAUCCCAAGGACGCUUCAUUGAACCUCACAAGGGUUGCAAACCUUUCCACGAAUCGUUUCAAUACGUUCCGUCAUAUUCAUGGUGUCGACAGAAAACGUGACUACGCUGUUGUGACAAAGGAUCAGAAGGCCAUGAAAAGAAGGAGGGAUCAC